AUGACCCAGUACAACGCGCGGAUGAGGCGGGUAGAAGAAGCCCUGGCACCUGGCACGGCACUGCAGACAGCGAGAGCCCCCGAAUCAGGCAGGGAGGGGCGCGAGGGUCUGGAAGAGGAGGGGCCAAGUGAGCUGGAUGAGACCCAGGAAAUCUACGGCCGCGGCGGGGAGGGCCUGCGCUGCCGAAGACUGGGUCAUGGGGGCCACCAGAGGGAGGAGCCAGAGGCUAUGUGCGUCUGCAGGGCUUCAGGUUCUGCAUGCGGCUCCGGUGGAUGCAGUCACCCCAACCUGUGCGAGCUGAGAAAAGCUGCCAGCCAGAGAGACACAAUCCUACGGCUGACUGGACAGGGGCUCCCCACACAUCUUCCACUGAGGGACCUGAAGAACUAUACAGGAAAUGACAUCAUAUUUAGCUGCAAAGUGUCUGCCUUCCCUCUGCCUCACCUGAGCUGGAGGAAGAAGGGCAUCAGCAACCACCUCCCUGGGGACAAUCCCCACAUCUCCGUCCUAGCACGUGGGGGACCACAGAGGUACACAGUGUCCACAUGGCAGCAGAUCCAGGGUCUCCUGCACCUCCCGUAA